UUUGUGUGUCUGGAAUAGAUCUAAUUCUAAUUUUGUUCAUUUUUUUUUGGGCUUGAUGAAAACCUAGAUCAAAUCUAGAUCUAGGUCUAGUUGUAGUUUUUAAUAAUCGUUCUUUUACUUCCUCCGGUGUGGAUCAUAGAAGCUGUUUAGGAUUAAAGAUGAAGUUGUGGUUGGCAGCUCUUCUUUUGACGUUUGGAUGUUUCUUGCCAUCAUUCGGUGAAGAAGAAACAGAGGCUAGGCUUUUGGCUUCCAAGAAUGUCUUGAAUCAGUAUCUUGUUGAGGGAAAAGAUCUAACAGUAGAGUACAAAAUUUACAAUGUUGGCAGCAAGGUUGCUUUCAAUGUUCUUCUAAAUGAUAACAGUUUUCCAGAUUCUUCAUUCAGCAUCAUCAGCGGAAAUUUGAAAGUUGAAUGGGAAAGAAUAGCACCUAGCUCUAAUGUUACACAUGCAGUCAUUUUAAAGCCACUGAAAUCUGGAUACUUCAACUUUACUUCAGCAGAAAUUAGUUAUCUUACAGCAGAAGAUUCAAGAGAGAGGAUACUUGGCUACACCAGUUUUCCUGGUGAGGGAGGCAUAGUUCCUCAGAGGGAAUUUGAUAGACGCUUCUCUCCUCAUGUUUUGGACUGGUUUGUGUUUGCCUUCAUGACUUUACCAUCUCUGGGCAUUCCUUUUCUCCUUUGGUACAGUUCCAAAAGUAAAUAUGACCAGUCUAAAACCAAGAAAAAUUGAUUGAAACUGUAUUGUACUUCUUGAACAGAUUGACUGCUAGUGUUGUGUGUAGAAGUAGAAUGCUAGGAGUGAUAAUGGUUAUGUUCACAUUGAAAUGUUGUAGCAUAAGAUAGUGUGAGAAGAGUGACUGUUAGAUUUUGAUGAAAAAUAUAAAUGAAAUGUUUAAAGCUAUAAUUGAGUCACACAAAGGUACAGUAAAUUUGAUUUUUAACAAA